AUGCCGAAGAAGGAGCGAGAUGAGGUCUUGUCCGAGCUCGCUGCGAGGGUCUUCGCGGACAUGCUCGAGGAGUCGCUCAUGGACGUGGUCCUCGAGUCGCAUCAGGCGGUAGCGCGCUCGCGGACGAUCUGCCAAAUAUGUCACACCCACUGUGGUGCCAUUCAUGUUCCUGGUCCUUCAGGCAGCGCCUCUCAGGCGGGGCCCUCGUCGAGGCUGCCCACGCCCUCGGAAGAGACAAGAGGCGGGGACACGAACAGUCCUGCGGGCGCUGGGGCGAACACCCCUCUGAACGGCAAGAACGGCGGCAAUAUUCUCCUGGAAUGUAGCAAUUGCAAACGGCAGGUGGCAUCCAACCGGUAUGCGCAACAUCUAAGCGAAUGCUUGGGGCUGGGGAGCUCGCGCAGAGGCGCUACCCGCAAUGCCACCUCUAAAUCUAAGCUGGUUGCGGAGGCGGGUCGUUCUGCAUCUCCAUACGUGGCGUCUGAGGCUGGAAAUAUAUCGGACGACGGCAAACCUAGCCCGGCAAAGGGGAAGAGUAAAUCGAAGGCAAAGAAAGCGGAUGAUGCGGAAUUCAAUCUUCAUCGUAAGAGACCUGGGUCACCGUCUACAUCUCCUGCAAAAAAGUCCAAGAAAGCAAAGACCAGUUCUCCUAUCGCCCGCAUCAAGCGAGAUCCAGGGUCUCCCAGUGCACACAACGCUCAGACGCUUGCAGUGCCCUCACAUACGCGGGUGCCUUCCAAGCUGCGGGACUCGUCCACCGUCCCGUCCAUGCAUCACGAGCGUUCAUCAUCCCCGGAGUCGCCGUCACGCAUGUCGUCGCCGGCACCUUCAAUAUCAACCUUGGCGUCUGCGCCAUCUCUUCAGAGCCCCACGCUGUCUGCGAAAGUGAUUUCCAAGGCCAAACCAAAGAACGCCAAACCACCGCCUCCGCCGCCCAAACGGCCCAGUCCACCGCGGCCGCCACCGGCACCACCCGUCGCCCCGAUACCAACGCCUGGUUACCUGGUGGUUGACGUCGAAGGUGAUGAGACUGGCUCCUCGACAGACACCGACAGUUCCUAG